AUGAGUGCCACAUCAGCCACGAGCUGUGCCUUGCCACCGUCGCUUGGGCCUGAGCAAGAGGAACAAGAGGAGCAAGAGCACUCGGAGACACAUAUGUCUGUUUUGUGGUAUGCAGGGCAGCUGGCAAUUACUUACUAUGAUACAGAAGACUGCUCAGUCUACUUCAUGCCUGAGACACCUGAUAAUGAAGACCUCAAGCUACUGCAAAAAGUGACUGGGGAACUUAACCCUCAAUGCAUAGUGACCAGUGCAAAACAGGACCAGAAUAUUGCCAAAUUCCUGACCAACCUAACAGCUACUGCUGGUGAUAAAGACAUACGAAAACCAGAAAUUGUCCUGUUUCCUAACAUAGAUUUUGGUCUAGAAGUCAGCAAGCAACGGAUCCUGUCUAGGCAAUUUCCUUUUAUCCCAUCUCAUAUGACUGCCACUGAGAAAAUUCUCUAUUUGUCCUCAGUCAUCCCUUUUGAGAGUCCACUCAUGAUACGAGCCUUAGGGGGCCUCCUUAAGUUUCUAGACAGAAGAAGAGUUGGAGUUGAACUCGAAGACAGCAGUAUAGCAGUUCCUAUUUUGGCCUUUAAAAAAUUUGUGCUGUCAGAUACUGUGAAUAUGGACCAAGACGCUUACUGUGUCCUGCAGAUAUUUAAAAGUGAUAUCCAUCCUUCUGUGUACAAGCUGUCCAGUGGACUAAAAGAAGGAUUCAGCUUAUAUGGAAUUUUAAAUCGUUGCAGAUGCAAAUGGGGAGAAAAACUGCUGAGGCUGUGGCUCACACGACCUACCCGGAACCUGACAGAGCUGAACAAACGGCUGGAUGUUAUCAACUUCUUCCUUCUGGCUCAGAACCAUGAAACAGUCCUUACUCUUCAAAACUGCCUCAAGAAUAUUAAAAAUGUGCCUCUUAUUUUAAAGAGAAUGACUCUUUCCAACACAAAAGUUAGUGACUGGCAAGCACUGUAUAAGACGGCAUACAAUGCAGUGUGCCUUAGAGACACGUGUCGUUCUCUGCCCAGCACUAUUGAACUUUUUCAGACUAUUUCAUCUGUCUUCACUGAUGAUCUGCACUACAUUGCUAACCUAAUUAGCAAAGUGGUAGACUUUGAAGGCAGCCUCUCAGAGAACCGCUUCACUGUUAGACCCAAUGUAGAUUCCACGAUUGAUGAGAAGAAAAGAAAGCUGAUGGGACUGCCAGGCUUCCUUACAGAAGUGGCACAAAAAGAACUGGAGACUUUGGACAGUCAUAUUCCCUCUUGUUCUGUGAUCUACAUUCCUUUGAUUGGGUUCCUCCUGUCCAUUCCACGCCUACCAAAUAUGGUGGAUAAGACUGACUUCGAAAUUGAAGGCUUGGACUUCAUGUUCAUGUCAGACAAUAAACUGCAAUACAGAAGUGCCCGGACCAAGGAGCUAGACAGUCUGCUGGGUGACCUGCACUCUGAGAUCAGAGACCAGGAAACACUCAUCAUGCACCAGCUGCAAACAAGGAUCUUGGAGAAGUCUGAAGUACUUAACAGUGUGAUUGAGUACACUGCACACCUUGAUGUGCUGCUAGCCUUGGCAGCGAUGGCCCGGGAAAACGCCUAUUGCCGACCUCGCUUUACUCACCGCCACGGCUUCCACAUCAAGGAUGGAAGACAUCCACUCAUGGAACUAUGUGCAAAGACUUUUGUGGCCAACCCUGUCGACAGCGGCGAGGCUACCAGACGAAUAAAGAUCAUCACAGGGCCCAACUCUUCUGGAAAGAGUGUUUACCUAAAGCAAGUAGGUCUUAUAGUGUUCAUGGCUCUAAUCGGCAGUUACGUCCCUGCAGCAGAGGCAGAGAUUGGAGUAAUUGAUGGGAUUUACACAAGAAUCCACAGUAGGGAAUCAGUUUCUGUAGGGCUCUCCACAUUCAUGAUUGAUCUUAACCAGGUUGCCAAGGCUGUAAACAAUGCCACAGAGAGGUCCCUAGUACUUAUUGAUGAGUUUGGUAAAGGGACCAACACAGUGGAUGGCCUGUCCCUUCUGGCUGCUGUCCUGAGGUACUGGAUCAGACAAGGAACACAGUGUCCACAGGUCUUUGUCUCUACUAAUUUUCACAGUUUGAUGCAACUAGAACUCCUGCCUGACACACCUCUUCUGGAGUACCUGACCAUGGAGACCCAUCAGGAUGGAGAGGAGUUGAUAUUUUUCUAUCAGAUCAAAGAGGGCGUGUCCACCAUUAGUCACGCUGCCAAUAUUGCUGCAUUAGCAGGAAUGCCAGCCAAAAUUAUUGAAAGAGGAGUGGAAGUAUCAGAACUGAUCCGCAAUGGAAAGCCUAUCAAAUGUCUUGAUCAUCCUUCGAAAGGUGAUAGGAUGGAAAAAUGCAAGUCUGUUGUGGAAAAGUUUCUUAGCAUAGACCUUGAUGAUCCCCAAGUGAACUUAGAAGAGUUCAUGUCUAAAGAGGUGUUGCCGUCUGCGGCCUCAGUCCUGUAG